AUGUACACGACCCUCUCGCCGUGCGACAUGUGCACGGGCGCGUGCAUCCUUUACAAGGUCGCGAGGGUGGUGAUCGGCGAGAACAAGACCUUUGUGGGAGGCGAGAAGUAUCUCCAGGAACGGGGCGUCGACGUUGUCGUCCUCGAGAGUAAAGAGUGUAUGGAGUUGAUGGCGAAGUUUAUCCAGGAGAAGCCGCACGUAUGGUGA